UAAACUUCAAACGACAACCACUAAUCAUCAAUCUCUCUCUCUCUCUCCCUCUCCCUCUCCCUCAAUCUCUCUCUCUCUAUCUAUCUCUAUCUCGAUCUCUCUCUCGAUUUCGAUCUCGAUGGAAAUCAAACGUAGUAAUAUCUACGUGGGGAUGGUAGUGGUGGUGGGAGUGUUAUUGAAAAUGACAGUAGAAGUGGUCGGACAAAAUCUGCCGGAGGCGGGGCUGUUCAGUUUCGGGGACUCGUCGUAUGAUGUCGGGAACAAGAGGUUUCUGACCAAUGCCUUUCUUCCCCAAACCACUUGGCCUUACGGCAAAUCCACCGACGACCCUAACGGUCGUUUUUCCGAUGGCCGUAUCAUCCCCGACUUCAUCGCUCAGUUCUUGAAGAUACCGAUAGCGGUUCCACCGGCUCUGAAGCCCGACGGGAAUUUCUCGCGUGGAGCCAACUUCGCCGUCGCCGAUGCUUCUGUUCUUGGAUCCCCCCCUGAAUCCAUGAGCCUUAGCCAACAGCUGAGCAAAUUCAGGAAAAUGGGACUGUGGAACGACGAUUACCUGUCGAAAUCUCUGUUUCUCUUCUACAUCGGCACGGAAGAUUACUUGGACUUCGCCAAGAAAAACCCUAGCGCAGAUUCUUCCGCUCAGCAAGCCUUUGUCACCUCAGUCGUCUCCAAGAUCAAGCAAGACCUUGGCUUAUUCUACGUAAAUGGAGCGAGGAAGUUCGCGUUCCAAACGCUGGCACCGCUGGGCUGCUUGCCGAUCGUGAGGCAAGAUUACAAGACCGGAGAUCAAUGCUACGAGACACUCAACGACCUGGCCAAGCAACACAACGAGAAGAUCGGACCAAUGCUGGACGCUCUGGCCAAGGAAAACCCCGGUUUCCAAUACACCAUCUUCGAUUUCUACCACUCCACUACUCGUAGGAUCAUCGGCGGCUUGAGCUACAGGUUUCUGAACACGAAAAACGCGUGCUGCGGGAUUGGAUCGCACAACGCGUUCGGGUGCGGAUACCCCAACGUCCACUCGAACCUGUGCGAUUACCAGAGGUCGUACCUUUUCUUCGACGGGCGUCACAACUCGGAGAAGGCGAACGAGGCGUUUGCUCAUCUGUUCUUCGCGGCCGAUCCCAACGUGGUUUCGCCCAUGAACCUACGGGAGCUCGUUGUCUACCCUCCCAACAUGAACAUGCUCGAGAGUUACCAGACACCAAAGUCUGCUGCUGUUUCUGAUUCUGUCUCCAUGGGCGUUGCCGCCGCUUGAGUUUUUAGGGUUUGAUCUCUUGUUUCUUCUGCAUGCGUUUGUGUUUCUUACUAAGAGACCGGUCACUCUCCUUGUCGUUUGUUGUAAUAAUUCGCGAUUAUAUAUGCGAUAAUACGAUGCAUCCCAUCUUUUUAAACGUAGUUGUUUAUAUGCCA